GGGGCCUAAAAUUUUAUGACACCGGCCCCAUUGACAUACAUCAACCUCUGGUGCAGAACUAGAAACCAUGGCAAGUUACCCUGGAAUAGAGAGGUGGAGAGGUAAGGUUGCUCUGGUGACAGGAGCAUCAUGUGGGAUUGGCUAUGACCUGUCCAAGCGUCUCUGUGAGCUGGGAAUGAAUGUGGUGGGCUGUGCAAGGACUGUCGACACAAUACAGGCUCUAUCUGCUGAGCUGGGUGGUGCUGGGUGUGGGAGGUUGGUGGCUGUCAAGUGUGACGUGAAAAAGGAAGAAGAUGUCAAAGCCACGUUUGAGGUAGCCAAGAAAGAGUUUGGUGGAGUGGACGUUUGUGUUAGCAAUGCUGGCUUGGGACACAAUGCUCCUCUGCUUACUGGCAGCACUCAGGACUGGAGGGACAUGUUGGAGGUGAAUGUUCUUGGUCUGUGUAUCUGCAACCGUGAGUUCAUGACUCAGCUCAAAGAGAGGGGAGUGAAUGAGGGACACUUGUUCCUCAUUAAUAGUAUGUCUGGGCAGCGUGUUCCCCAGUUGCAAGCUGGGGGGACAAACGUUCACUUCUACUCUGCUACGAAGCAUGCAGUGACUGCACUUACUGAGGGGGUGAGGAGGGAGCUGAGGGCAAUGGACUCCAAAGUCAGGGUCACAUCCAUUUCUCCUGGGGUGGUCCGUACUGAAUUUGCUGCUCGCUUGAAGAAGAAUAGUGAUGUGAAAACUGUGCAGGACGCUAUGGGAGAUGUACUUGAGAGUGAGGACAUCACCAGCUCCAUCGUAUAUGCCCUGGCUGUCCCACCCAGGAUGGAGAUCAAUGAUAUCUUGAUAAGACCAACUAUCCAAGUGACCUGAGCAAUGAGCCUCCAUGCCAUGCAUGACUAGAACCGUGUAGUUGUACGUACGUACAAUGUAUGCGUGUACACUUUUUCAAACAAGAAUUAUUGGUUUUGUUUGUACAUAAUUAUUGUGGUGUAUAUAAGUAUUACAUUGUAUUGUUGAUGUUAUCUCA